CCCGUGUCAGUAGAUGAUCAUCUUUUGACCGUUCCGGAUCUCUCUCCCUGUGUAAAACUAACGCCGGCGAUUAUUUUUUGUGUUGCUUAUGAAAAAAUAAAAUAAGAAGAGAUAGAAAUUUGCAUUAGCAAUAUGUGUGUUUGGAAGGGUUUCUGCCUGCUGGCGGUACUUUCUCUGGUAGCUACCAGCGAUUCCCUGCGAAUCUUGGGUCUUUUUCCCCAUCCAGCCAUGAGCCACUUCAAGUUCUUUCACCCAAUAAUGCGAGGAUUAGCCGACGCCGGUCACAGUGUGGAUGUCAUCAGUCCAUUCGAAGACAAGGAUCCGUCAAAAGGAUAUACGGAUUAUCUGCUGCCGCCUUCCAGUUUGACGGACACUAUUCAUCUAGAGGACUUUGAGCGCCCCUACAACUACCUGUUCCACUAUAUUGAGUUCUUUAUCCUGUAUAACAUGGGUAAAGAGGCCUGCAACACUACGCUACAUAGCCGAGCCCUUUCUGAAAUCCUGAAGCAUCCUCCCGGUUACUAUGAUGUCAUACUACUGGAGCAGUUCAAUAAUGAUUGUGUGAUGAGUGUGGCCCAUGUUCUUCAAGCCCCGGUGAUUGGCAUGAGCAGUUGUGCCCUGAUGCCCUGGCACUACGAGCGAUUGGGGGCUCCUCUGAUCCCGUCCUAUAUAUCCGCAUUGUUCCAGGGGCAAUCCCAGGAGAUGUCCUUUGUGGGACGAUUGGGUAACUGGAUUACAGUUCACUCCCUUAAUUUGCUGUACAAAAUCUUCACAGUUCCCGCUGCCAACGCCUUGAUCCGCCAGAGAUUCGGUCCGGGAUUGCCGUCUACGGAGGAUAUGGUCAGGAAUACUUCUUUGAUGCUGGUCAACCAGCACUUCUCGUUGAGUGGACCAAAACCUCUGCCCCCGAACAUCAUAGAAGUCGGCGGUGUGCACAUAAAGCCACCGAAACCUUUGCCCUCAGAUCUGCAGAAAAUACUGGAUAAUGCCUCCAAAGGAGUCAUCCUCAUCAGCUGGGGCUCUCAACUAAAGGCGAGUUCCCUUCCCGCUGCCCGUCGAGAUGGUAUAGUUCGCGCCCUUGGGAGAUUGGAGCAGGAAGUGAUCUGGAAGUAUGAAAACGAUACACUGCCAAAUAAGCCAGCAAAUCUGCACAUCAGGAAGUGGCUGCCCCAGCGUGAUAUCCUUGCACAUCCCAAUCUGAGGGUGUUUAUGUCCCACGGUGGACUGAUGGGCACCACGGAGGCGGUUGCCAGUGCAGUGCCCAUUGUGGGUGUGCCCAUCUAUGGCGAUCAGUCGCUCAACAUAGCCUCAUUGGUUCAGCGGGGAAUGGCCCUGCAGCUGGAGCUUAAAAAACUGGAUGAAAAUACCGUCUAUGAAGCGUUAACCAAGGCGCUGGAUCCAUCUUUUAAGGCAAGAGCCAAGGAGGUGGCCUCAGCCUACAACAAUCGCUUACAGGAUCCCUUGGAGACGGCCAUCUGGUGGGUGGAACAUGUGGCGGAUACGAAGGGCGCUCCUUUGGCCCAAUCAAGUGCAGUGUAUCUAUCCCGCUUCGUUUACUACUCCCUGGAUGUCUACUUUGUGGUUGUCCUAAUCCUGCUGCUGCCUGUGAUGACCUUAAUCGGAUUAUGCCGACUGUGUAAAAGGGGAAAGCAGCCUAAAGGUGACCCCAAGCUGAAACGCAAACGAAACUAGUCCAUAGAUUACGUUUAGAUCAAAUAGUUUGUUCUCGUUUUUUACAACCAUUUUCGAUUUCAAGUCAGAGCGAUUUACUUAAAGUAUGUUGGCAUCUCACGAAAAUAUUUUUACUUAUUAGUUUAACAUAAAUUGUGUUACAUUAUUUUGUUGAUAAGCCCUGGAAGACUAAUCCUAACACGUCUGUGCAUUGGAAAUUUCAAGAAAACCGCAGUAAAUACAUUUAAAACAGUU